CUGACCGUUAUACCUUCAAGCGUGAUAGAAAUAUUUCUCUCCCAGUCUAAGAAAUACAGAAAGACCGACAGAGACAGCAGACUCAGGAAAUAUAUUCAGGUUUUUUAGAGCGAUAAAAAUAAAAGAGGACAUCAAAUAAGAAAAAGGAAAAAGGGUAGACAAUGGAAAGCUGGGCUUAUUAACUUAAAACUUCUAAGAGCUCUGGAGAUUUCUGCUAAACACAUCUGGUAAAUGCGACUCAAGAUGUAAAUGCUCUUCAGGUUUCUGGUUUAAUUUCCCUCUUCUCAUCCUCUAGAAUCACAUUUUUUUUUACCAUGAGAAACCCCUCAAAAGACAUAUUUUUUGGAGGAGUCUGAGGGAUGCGUCUGAGAGAGAGAUGCAGAGCAGAGAAAUCUGACAUGGUGCCGACCCAAAUUGACAGAGACGAGGACAGAGUGGACUGUUCAGGGGCUGACACGCCUCCAACCAGACACAGGUAUUCUCUACUCGAUAUAAAGACCAGUCAAGACAUCGGUCCAUGUUAAAUACAUUUAUAAUAGAUAUUGUUCUCUUACCUUUUAUUCUGAAGUCCAUGUAGAUGCGUGAUAUUUUGAACCAUAAAUAAUUGUUGAGAUUGAAAUAAAGUGUAAUUGUUCUGUUAAACUGUAAAAAAUCAAUAGUGGCAAAGAGUGACUUGCUUUGUGAGAAUGUAACUGUCUCUUGUGAAAAGCAAUUCAUGAUCGGAUUCAUUUGGAGUCACUAAUUUCUCAAAAGUUUUAAAUGAAAUAAGUAAUGUACCAAGAGACUGCCACUGUAAAUGAUAACCAACAUGUUAUUUGCUUCUUACAAAAGUGUUAAUUGUGAUUUAGAAAUAUGUCCUUGAUUUAAAGCGACAAAUGAAGUGAAAGCCAUACAACAAACUGAACUAUCACAAGCCAUAACCAUCGUAGACAAUAAUCCUCACUGUGUUUAAAACGCAGUGUUAGUUUCAACGAGAAUCCUGUGCAUUUGUUGUCAGCGUGUCAGUCUCACACUUUUUGGUUGGCAUUUCUGUGAGGCAGGGAAAAAAAAUGUGUAGGCUUUGUGUAAAGAGAAACUACACGGAGGAGGAGGAGGAGACAGACAUUUUGCCUGUCAGAGACUGAAAAGAGGAGCAUCAAGCCAACAAGUGUGGCUGCGAACACACACUAAAGUGCUUCCUAAAUCAAAUCCAGGGACAGAGAGAGAGAGAGAGAGAGAGAGAGAGAGGAAGUCUUGCUGUCAGACAUUCAAAAAGAGACAAACAUUGGAAACAAGAUGAAGGCACAGCUCCUGCUGAUGAUUGAUUGUUGCUAAAACUGAGUGCUUUACCCACCUGGAGGAUACCGGCUCUCAGAGGGAGAGGCACACAAUAACCUCCUCUGACAAAGGGAGGGACCCCAGGAAACUAAAGAGCAGAGAGCAGAAAGGGAUUUCCCUUUCUCUCUCGCGACCCAUCUCUUUGUCAGGCUGGCAGGCUCAGCCAUGGCGUUCACCUUUGCGGCCUUCUGCUACAUGCUCACCUUGGUGCUGUGCGCUGCCCUCAUCUUCUUUGUCAUCUGGCAGAUCAUUGCAUUUGACGAGCUCCGCACAGACUUCAAAAACCCCAUUGAUCAGAGCAAUCCCACCAGAGCGAGAGAAAGAAUUCUCAACAUCGAAAGAAUCUGCAACUUGCUUCGCAGAUUGGUGGUGCCAGAGUACUCCAUCCAUGGACUCUUCUGCCUGAUGUUCAUGUGUGCUGGAGAGUGGGUCACACUUGGCCUCAAUAUCCCCCUGCUCUUCUACCAUCUGUGGAGGUUUUUUCAUCGGCCGGCUGACGGAUCAGAGGUCAUGUAUGAUCCUGUCAGCGUGAUGAACGCAGACAUUCUCAAUUACUGCCAGAAGGAGUCUUGGUGUAAGCUGGGCUUUUAUCUGCUCUCUUUCUUCUACUAUCUCUACAGUAUGGUCUACGCUUUGGUGAGCUUCUAACAGACAGGGGAUCUGGAGAAAUCAAAGGAAGAAACUGUGUGAAAGACUCAGAGUAAAAAUGGAGACAUUGACCCUUGCUCUUGCAUCGUAUCCACUCCUUCACUGGCUUUUUUUAGAAGUCUAACCUUGGACAAGAGGCGAUCAAUCUGAGUGAUAAUGUGAAUGUAAAAGUGUUGCCUCCUUCGAUUACAUCUCUUGAUCCUACGUACUGCUGUUGGACGGCUGGACACAUGUUGGACGGACUGAAAUGACACAGAAAGAGGACUUCCCAGCAGGUGUUUGUGUUGCCUUUGACCAAUUCUACUAAAUACAAUAUAUUCCUGAAGGGCUGGAGUUUUCCCAUGCUGCUCUUAAUGAUCCAGUCCCUCAACUCACUGUGAAUCUCCAAACACUAAGGGGCUGGAAAGAAAACAGUAUGUCUGUAUCCUCUGACUUUAAAAAAGGACUUAAAGCAGAGGUGCUUUGUGUUUAAGGUACAGGAACUGUAAGAAACAGAGAACUUAAAAUCACUGUAAGAAAUGCAGAAGGUCUGGCGGGGAAGUAAGGAGGAAGAUAAACAAAGAGAUGACAUAUACAGGUAGACCAAUACAAUAUCUCCUUGACGCCAGCCUCUGCCAAAAUUCAUAUUUCAAACUGUUACGGAAACGAAGAAUAAUUCACAAGUUUGACUUUGAGGUUCUUAGCUUGUAAUGUGUAUUCACAAUAAGUGUGUCCAUACAGUCAGAACGUAUUUUAUGCUACAUACUAGGUUCAUGCUUUCUAAAGAGCUUCAUGCUCAGACACAACAUGCCAAAAGUUUGUUUCUGAAAAACAUUGUGCCAAAUUAAAAAGUCUAACAGAACAUUAACAAAAUAAUGGAGGCUAGAGAGUGCCAAGGCACUGUCAUGCCUUUCUUUCUUCUUCUUUUGUUCUUUGACACUUAUUUAACUUUUGGCAGAGUGGUUUUUUAAAGUAGAAAAAUAACUUAGUUCUGUAGUAUUUUUCAGUGUGAAGGGAGCGCCUUAUUCCUGUUUCCAGUGAAGUUUACUCUUACUCAUCUGCAUCUAUACUGUAGUCAUUUUAGCACAGCAACUUUCUCUGACCUGACGUAGAAUAUAGAGAGCUCAUGUACAAAAAGCAAUUACAAACAAGCAAAUUAGCAAUGUUACAUGAUUCCUGACACAUAUCGUUCAAGUGACAUUUAGUGUUUGUAAUACCAGUGACGAGGAAACGAGUGGCAGAUGAGACAAUAAUGACUUAAUGAAUAUGACAAUGUUUUCAUUACUUCAGAAGUGUAACAAACAGUGAAGUCAUCUGAGUGCAUCGAAAAUCAUACAGUUGAGAUGGGAAAGAUGUAAGCAGGCAAAGCCUUUUCUCAGCUGGUGCUGCCUUUGUUAUCAUGUGUUUAUUAGUUUGAUCUGUUCAUAGAUAAGUGAUGGCUCAAAUGUGAUUUUAUAUUCAGUAGAAAAGCCUGAAAACAAACUGUGAUGUUUGUGAUGAAACGUGUGUUUUCUAAACUGUGGGACUCCUAAAACAUUUCUUGAACACAACAGCUUAAUGAAGAGGUUUCUAAUCAUGUUUCUUGAUUCACAACUAAAGGUCAUCAUUUAUCACGAGCAUAACAAUUACUGAUCCAUGACAACCAUUGGUGUUCAGAAUAGGUUCUGAUUCUUAACUCAUUUUAAACACAGAGAUGUUACCAUAUUUAGAGGUUUGAAUGCAUUUGAAUUGAAAGAAAAAAAUCCUAAUUAAAUAGCAAAACCCUAUAGGAAAAGGCUGGCACUGUGCUUUAAGUGAGAAAGGGUUGAAAGGUCCAAUUAUGUUGCGUUGGGUUGGAGUGCAGAGGCUUUGCUGGCCACUCAUUCUGCAGGAUCUUCAAGCUUCUUGGGAUUAAGCCAUCCAAUGCCAUCCAGACGGCUAUUGAUUAAGCAGGUGAUCCGUGGACAACCUUUGUCUGGAUACAAGUAUCUGAUGUUUAGAGACCCUGAACAGUGGUGUAGUGGUGCCUAAAGAAGCGGGUAUACUCUUAAAUUGUUCUUUAAAUGUUUUUUUAAGAGGCAAUUCCAACUACUCUUGUAUAUUUAGUUAGUGUGUACUAGCCAAUUAGAGACAGAGUAGGAAGGGUCAUCCCUUCACCAUCCUACGGAAAAUACAUGCAAUAUACUGCUGAAUAUUACUCCAUACACCUUUUCUAUACCCUGCACUACACCACUGACCCUGAAAAGAUUAUGAUCCCAGGUACCAUCACUGAUGCUGUGUCCUUGCUAGAAUCUACAGGUGUAUGUUUAAACUGUAAGGUUUGAGUGCCUCAGAUAGUGUUGGGAGACCACGUGAUAUGCUGACCAUUUCUUUGACUAGCAACUCGUAAUCAUCUCUCCUCCUCUCAAAGGCUUGCUACAUGAAUCCAGGUAUGCUUGAGUGUUGGGCACACCCCAAGAGAGCAGAUUGGAUUGGCUGAGGAGGACGACAUACUGUAGACAAAGUAGAUUAGGAAUCUGAUCUGGUGGGGCUUAACCUGCCAAAUCUUUUUCCCUGAGAUCUGCCUAUUGCCUGCUACCAUCGGGUCUAUAUCCCAUGCUACUACAUCCCAACUAUCCUGCUGAAACAAACUUCACCACCCCUGCUGAGAUCUCCUCCUUCACUAGACUGGGUCUCUCUUUCUUAACGACUUGGGGUGCACGUCAGACCUGCCUGUCCUACCAUCCUUAAUUCAAUAUCUGCAGAGGAGACUUUGUCGAGUCUUAUUUCAUCAGCAGCUCCCUUUUUUGGGUUAGCAAGAACUCUGAAUUUAGCUACUGAUGGGGAGCCAACGCUUGUUUUUACUACUGUACUGGGGGAAGCUGGUGAGGCCUAUGAUGUUUGCCCAGUUACCUGAGCAGAUGAUUCAUGGAAUGAAAAAUUGUGGAAGGACGAAAUGUUUGCAAAUACAGGCCUCAACAUUUCCUGGCAAUCACAACUUGUCCACUGCUUUGAGACAUGAUUCCACCUUACUGCUACUAAACUCAAAGAUUUUCCAAUAGAGAAAUGCAUCCCAUCCCUCUACUUUUAAACAAGGGAUCUGGACUUGGCUGGCUUAAAGUCCAUCCUGGCCCAGUUAAUAAGUUGAUGAUGGCCUUGGAGGAUCUCUUUCUCAGCCUGAUACACAUUAUGUUCCAUGCCUAUGUUGAUGUCUCAUAGAUAACUCUUAAAACCAAAGCAGGUUAUAUUAGUUGAGAUUGAGCACCCUAAACAUAGUUUUAGUCAAGUGUGGUUUCGAACAGCUUGUGUCGUAUUGACCUGCAAGCAUUGGCAAGGCCAGGCCAUAAGAGUGCCAGGUUCUUCUUCUGUCUCGAUGCCUCCCAGAACACCACUCACUCAUGUGCCCAAUGCACAUCUAAAGGAAUUUGAAAUACAUACUGUACAGCUUAUGACUCUCUCCCUGCCACUCUCCUGAGGACACUUGAAGAAAGGUGCUGAGAUUUUUCCUAACAGUAUUACAGAGCUAUACUAGUCCAAGCUUCUCCUUCUCCCUUGCGAGCUUGAGUUGAUCUUUAUAUCAGGUAUGUUUUGUUUGUGGCCAUGUUUUUCCUCUGUGCCUGCCCUUUUAGCAGCAAUGCUGAGAUUAUUAAUUAUAUUGUUGCUGGCCUCUGGUCUGCAUACCCCUUGUCAAUGUCAAGGUCAAUAUUGUCUUUAUUAUCCCAGUGAGAGGGCAAUUUGUUUUGCAGUCAGCAACUACUUCAGCUGUAGUCACAAGGAUUUAGUCCACAUCCUCUUCAGAGAGUAGGUAGUCCCUCUACAUUUUGACAGCUCUUCACUUAACUCAACAAUUUUUCCGAUGGUCUAGUUUGGAGCUCUGGUGAGGAGCAUGGAUGUUCUGAGCACUAGUGUGUUACUUGGUCCUCUCAAUUCUCACCAGAUCCUUGAUCUGCACCACUUGCUUUCCCAAACAAGCAUCUCUUUUUUUGGCCUGUUGGAUCUUUAGGCUAGUUUUUUGCAGACAUUCAUCAUACUCAGAUUGCUCUCAUAGUCAUAAAUUCUGCAGCUUGGGAUAUUGCUGUUAUGUUUAUCCUGUUGGGGUGUUCAUCCUGGCCCCUUCCCUGGCAACUAUUGGGUGUAUAACUCAAUAUGACUUAACGUGUUUUUUUCUAAGGUUCUGCCAUGGAGGAGGUGUUAUUUGGGUUGCUAACUAAUGCCCCGACAAAUUUUUCUCCAGCUGUUGCCACUCUCUUCAGGGUAGUCACUCUGUCUAUUAUUGGAUGUCACUGACCUAGCAGAAAGAACUGUUUUGAAUUUACACCUUUAGGUGCUAGCUUGGACAUGUCAUCAGUGAUGUGGAGUCAUUGGGUGUUUUGGGUCUCUUAACAUCAGACCGCCUUUCCAAGGCAACCCAGCUGAGAUUGAUCAGGCUACAGCUUGUGUAGUAACAUUCAGUGCAAAAGUAUGUUUCAUCAAUGUGCUAUUAAAAAUAAGAAUCUAUGUGGCACUGAGUGUAUAAAAAGGUUGUGCUAAAUGCCCUCAGCUGCUUUCCAUACAACCCAAUGGCAAUUUAAAAUAUCGCCAGAUAAUUCUACAGGUUCUGAAAGUGAUAUCUGCAUCACCUCAUAAAUAUUCUGCAAAAGCAUUACUUGUCAAAUUUUAGGAUAUAUUCUCAUAUAAUAUCAAAGUGUCACUUUUUAAGGUUUUAAAAGCAUUUUGUCUGCACUGCUUCAGCAGGAGUUGCUCUGUAUCAGCAUUUCGAACCAUAUCUUUAUAUGAGAAAACCUCCAUGAUGGCUGCAGAAAUAAAAUGCUGCGAAUUAAGAAAACCACACAGAUACACAAACACACACAAAUACACCUCUCAUGUUGAAUACAGCCUGUUUCAUGCUACUUUGCUACUAAUGAGGGUUUCAAAAGGGAGCAACUCUCACGUCCUGUGUGAUGUGAGUUUGAACCAAACUGCAACAUUAACUUGACUGUCAGUGUUCCUGAAGACUCAAUAGACAGAACACAUUGUACCAAAUGAUGUUCACAUUUAAUAAUCACACAAUGCUGAGACCUCAUAAGUCUGCCUACAGUGUGAGUGUGUCAAGUCUGGACAAUCACUAUUAUAAAGCACAGGAACACGAGGAAGGGACGAUAAGAAAUACAGCUCAUUUGAAUGUCAUGUAGUUGCUCUGAACAAAGCAUUUUAGAAAACUGUAUUUAAGUAUAACUCUUUGUAUCUGUCUUUUAUACAUUUAUCAUCAAUGUACGCUACAGUCAAUUUGGUGGAUUACUUUAUAUUUAUUAGGUUACACUCUGAUGUACAGUUAAUAAGCAGCGAUUCUCAUGCCAUAUUCUAAUAAAACAGUAAUACCAAAAGGA